UAUCACAUUCUGUCUGCCUCCCAUCCCAUGUUUUUUCAACUUGCAUGUGUGGUUUGAAUGUGCAAGCAUUUGUGUGUGGUGUGUUCUGGAGUUUGGGAAUGUGUUCUGUGUUAUUUUUGUUUGAGCAGGUAUUUGUGAUAAUAGAUCUUGAGAAGAUAUUUCCGACGCAACAAGAAUCGCUUCAAUCGGAGCAAGAACGCGAAAGCUAUGAAGAUUCAAAGUUCAUGAGCUUGCGUUACAAUUGCGGCGGUUACUAAGUGAAGUUGUGGGGUGACUUUAUAUGGAGUUGGGACCUUUGGGGUUGGGGAAACUUGUCACUCUACUGUAACAGCUGCAAAUAGGUUGGGAACAACCAAGCUAGGUUGGCAAGGGUGGCCAACUUGGAUGGAUUGGUUGGGAAGGGACAGAGGUCAAAGUUGAGGUUCCUAUAGGGAGGGAAUCUUUGUGCUUAUGGGGUUUCCUUGGUUGGGGACUCUCUUGGGACCUUCCCUCUCAUCCCUCUCUUCCUAUCCCAACCUUUCUCUUGCUCCUUCUAAUUCCUUGUGAGAUUCUUGAACCUUGAUUGAACUUUUGAGAUUGAGUUAAGUUCUCCUCCUACAGCUUACCACCUAAUGCGUCGAAAGCCAUAGCGUCGCGAAUACUUCAUCAAUGAACGUGAUUCAAAUUGGGAAUAGUAGCUGAGAUUAAGAGCUACAACAUAUCCAAGUUUCGCGACAUUCCAACGGCUAGUUUUCCGUCGACGUCGUUUCUUGUGAAGACGAUUUUUCUGUCCAGAAUUUCGGAUUUAUAUUUUGAGUAAUUCUAGCUCCUAAGUUCACCUAGACUCCGUUUUUAAUCCUAACAACUGGUAUCAGAGCAAUAUUGAGGACAUUGAGAGGAGUCUACAGAAGUGUGAAGACCCUUCUAGACCCACCAUGGCCUGUGGGUGUGCCUAAGUGGUGUUCUAAAGGUUGGAUGUGACUUCCGCUAAGGGGAAACUCUGCCGAAAUUUCGUGGACGCCGAUACUUGUGAAAAUAUCGAGGGAGCUGAGUGUGGACAGCAAAGGGGAGCUGAAAUUCGUCAUUUCUCAAGGAGAAGAUGAAUGAGAGAGGAGGAGAUGCUAAUGGAAGAGGAGCUGUAGCUGAGAAGACAAGUGAGCCGCCGCCAUCAAAAGUUGAAGCUUUGGAUGGCUCCAACUAUGAGGAAUGGAGCGGACGGAUGAGGAGUGCCUUCAAACGCUACAAGCUACUGAAGAUUGCUAUUGGGGAAGAGAAUAUGCCAGAAGAAGGCGAAGCACGCGAACGGUGGAUUGAGAAAAGCGCGGUGCUUUUCGACCUCAUCCUUCAAUCGGUCAACAAGGAGAUGUUCGAGCACAUCAAGGAUCUUGUGGAAGCGGAUGAUUCGGGUCCAAGGGCGUGGAAACUACUACGUGAUGUGAUUCAGCCUAACACUCUCCCAAUGGUGAUCGUGCUCGAGAAGGAACUUGCUGCCAUCUCCAUGCGACCAGGGGAUGAUGUGAAGCUGGUCCUUGACAAGAUCAAGGACACCUAUGCAAGGAUGGCAGCAGCGGGCAGCAGUGUAUCUCAGCUGCAGCAGUGCACCAAGAUCAUCUCGGUGUUGGACAACUCUUGGGACAACCUCAUCCCCACCCUCAACUCUCAGCAAGAUCAAUGGACACCUGAGUGGCUAAGGCAGCAGAUUCUGCAGGAGGACUUCCGUAGACGCCAUGUGGGAGGCGGUGCUGCCACUAAGACUGCUGAGGGGUAUGGAGCUGCAGGGCACGGCAAAGGAAGAGGGGGUUGGAGAGGCCGAGGCCGUGGGAGGAGCUUUGGCAGAGGUAGAGGCCGAGGUGACUAUAAUGAGGGGCAUGGAAGCUCUGGUGGCAGGGGGAGUACCAGAAUGGAGGGCAUCUGCUGGUACUGCAAGAAGGUCGGGCAUCCUUGGUUCAAGUGCUUCAGCAGGCCGGAGGGAUGGGCACCUCCAGGCAUGAAGCCGCCCAGUGGUGAACGCGCACAAGGUGGCGCUGUGCAAGGCACAGGUGCACAAGGUGAAGGUGCACAAGGUAAUGCCUAUCCUGGUUUGUUUGUUAUGGUUGAGGAUGUGCAUGGGCAUGAGGGUGAUGUGGGAUCUGUCGGAAAGGUUGUGAUGCACCCUCUCACGCACUGGGUGAUUGAUUCGGGUUGCACCAGUCACAUGACUCCACGGGCAGAUUUGCUUGAUGAGGUAAAACCCCCUGGGAAGAUUAAGUAUGUGGCAGCAGCGUCAGGUGCUUUGCUCCCCGUGAUUGGUAUUGGGAAUGCCAAGGUUAAGGGAGCUAAUGGGGAGCUUGUGGGGCUUGGGAAUGUUCUGCUGGUUGAAGGCUUGUCUGCUAACCUUCUCUCUUUGCGACGACUGCAGAAGAGCAAGGCCGAAGUGACCUUUGGACCAACCAGCUGCCGUGCUAAGCUUGGGAAGAAGGUGCUGUGGAGUCUGGAAGAGGAGACCAGCUGCAUCAAGGACCUGUGGCAGCUGCCCAUCAUCCCUUGGAAUGGGAAGACUCCAACAGCAGCAACGGCAGCAGCGGCAAAGGCAACAGCAGGAGGAGAUGCAACUGCACCAACAGAUGGGGUCCUGGAAGCAGUCAAGAAAGUGGAGAAGCAGCAGACACAUGGUGAGGUGCUUGCUGGUGUGGAUGCGAGUGCGGCAUGGGCUAAGGCUUCAUCAAGGAGUGGAGAGGCCGAUUGGGAGACAUGGCAUGAGAGGCUGUGUCAUGUGAACUUCCCUAUGCUGCAGAAGUUGGUGAAGGAUGGGAGCCUGAAAGGCUUGGAGGUGAAAGGGGAAGUGAAGGAGAUUGGGAGCUGCCCUACAUGCUUGGAGACCAAGUUCUCCGAGUUCCCCUUCAACAGCACUACAGGACCAGCCAAGACCCCACUUGCACUUGUGCACAUGGAUGUGGUGGGGCCCACAAGAGCCCCUUCCCUCUCAGGCAGCCGCUAUUUCUUGACAAUUGUGGAUGACCACACUCGGGCAGUGUGGGUUUACCCUUUGAAGAGCAAGGGGGAGGUGGCAGCGGCUGUCCUUAAGGAGUGGAUGCCUAGAGCUCAGAGGGAAUGCGGAUACAAGGUGAAGGUGAUCCGCAGUGACAAUGGUGGGGAGUUCAUUGGAGCUGAUUUUGAGGGGGAGUUGAAGAGGAAGGGGAUCCAACAUCAACUGACAGUGCCCUACAACCCGCAGCAGAAUGGCAUGGCUGAGAGAUUCAACAGGACCCUGCAGGAGGGGGCACGCACUCUCCUUGGGCGUGCAGGGCUGCCUGAUCCGUUUUGGGUGUCUGCACUGAGGCAGGUCGCCCUUGUGAAGAACAGGGUGCUGGCUACAGUUGGAGAUAAGGAGUGGAUCCCAUAUGUCAAGUGGUAUGGGAGUGCUCCAGCUGUGAACAUGCUGAGGGCAUUUGGGUGCAUGGUGGUGUUUCAUGUGCCUAAGGAGAAAAGGGGGAAGUUGGAGGCUUCUGGAAGAUGGGGUGUGCACUUGGGGAUUGCAAAGGAUCACAAGGGGUGGCUGCUAUGGGACUUGACCACCCAGAAGUUGACAGUGUCAAGGGAUGUGAAGUUUCUUGAGUUCCUGUACUACAAGGAAUGGAAGCAGCAGCAACAGAAGCUUCCAUCUACACCGCUCGUUGUGGAGGUAGAUGAGUUGCAGCAGCCUUCAAGGCAGGUGGAGGUUGCAGUGUCAGAGGAGGAGAUGUCUGGGGUGACUGAGGAAGGGGGAGCAGCUGAAGUGGAGCAGCAACAGCAGCAUGAGUCUCCACCUCGAGUUCCACACCCGCCUGAGCGACCUAGGAGGGAUGUGCGCCCUCCUGUGAGGCUGACCUAUGGGGGAAGAGGCAAGCCAAAUGUGGUGCAGGCUGGGAGUGUGGUUGAGCAGAUUGAGGAAGAUGAGAUCGCUCACUGCUACUGGGCACCAAUCCCUGAGCCCAAGACUCGAGAAGAGGCUUUGAAUGGACCAAAUGGGGAGAAGUGGAAGGCGAGUGAGGAUGAGGAGUUCGGGUCCCUGAUUGAAAACGAGACAUGGGACCUGUGUGACUUGCCUCCUGGAAAGAAGGCAAUCACUUCCAAGAUGAUCUACAGGCACAAGUAUGGACCUGAAGGGGAGCUGACCCGCUACAAGUCCAGGCUUGUGGCAAGGGGGUUUCAGCAGACAAAAGGGAAGGACUAUGAUGAGGUGUUUGCUCCUGUGGGGAAAGGAACAACACUGAGGGUGCUGUUAGCGAUAGCUGCACUCCUGGGAUGGAAGAUACGGCAGAUGGACAUUGUGACUGCUUUUCUGAAUGGGAUCAUUAUGGAGGAGGUGUACAUGAAGCAGCCAGAGGGGCUGGAUGAUGGGAGCGGCAGGGUCUGCAGGCUGAAGAAGGCCAUCUAUGGCCUUAAGCAGGCGCCUCGUGCAUGGUAUCACAAGUUGGAGGAGGCGCUGGUGGCUGGGGGUUUCAAGAAGAGUGAGUGUGACCCCAGCCUGUUCCUGCUGCAGGAGAAGGACGAAAUCCUCAUGCUCUUGGUGUAUGUGGAUGAUAUCCUUCUCUUUUCUGCAUCAACUGUUUUGCUGGACAGCGCAGAGCAGAUGCUGGAGAUGCAGUUCAAGUGCUCCAAGAUGGGUGAGGUGAAGUACUACUUGGGGAUGCAUGUGGAGAGAGAUGUGGAAAAGGGUGUGCUGAGGUUGCACCAGAGGAAGUACUGUGAGGGGCUGGCUGAGAAGUAUGGGCUGCAAGAUGGGGGAAAGCCAGCAACACCACUACCUUCGAGAUUCACUGUGGAGCCAUUGGGAUUGGAGUACAGUGGAGUGAGGCAGCGGUUGCAGAGAGGUGCUGCAGAUGUGAAGAGUGGAGAGAUGCUCUUGAGUUGCUAUACUGACGCUAGCUUCAACUCAGUGAAAGCGGAUGGCACCAGCAUUUGGGGUUAUGUGUGCUUGCUAGGAGGUGGUGCUGUGAGCUGGCGCAGCAAGAAGCAGAAUGAGGUGGGAUUGUCCUCAUGUGAGACUGAGUACAUGGCCUUACACCAUGGGGCCAAGGAAGUAGUGUGGCUAAGGCGUUUGUUGGAGGAGUUGGGAGUUGGUCAGGAGAAGCCGACAGUUGUGUUUUGUGACAAUGAGUCUGCAGUGAAGCUGGCCAAGAAUGCUUGUCUGCAUGGGCUGACAAAACACAUAAGGCCUAAGUGGCAUUGGGUGAGGAGACUCCUUGAUAAGGAGGUGCGGCUGGAGAUAGUGAAGACCCAUCAGCAGGCAGCAGAUAUUUUCACUAAGCGUCUGGCGGAGGCGGAUCAUUGGAAGGGCAUGAAGCUUGCUGGGAUGAGUGUGCAUUGAGUAUGCAUGCUUGAGAUGUGGUAUGGUCGAUGAUGGUUGGCAGCCAGAGGGGGAGAUUGUUGUGUGAUGUCAUCAUAUGCUAUCACAUUCUGUCUGCCUCCCAUCCCAUGUUUUUUCAACUUGCAUGUGUGGUUUGAAUGUGCAAGCAUUUGUGUGUGGUGUGUUCUGGAGUUUGGGAAUGUGUUCUGUGUUAUUUUUGUUUGAGCAGGUAUUUGUGAUAAUAGAUCUUGAGAAGAUAUUUCCGACGCAACAAGAAUCCCUUCAAUCGGAGCAAGAACGCGAAAGCUAUGAAGAUUCAAAGUUCAUGAGCUUGCGUUACAAUUGCGGCGGUUACUAAGUGAAGUUGUGGGGUGACUUUAUAUGGAGUUGGGACCUUUGGGGUUGGGGAAACUUGUCACUCUACUGUAACAGCUGCAAAUAGGUUGGGAACAACCAAGCUAGGUUGGCAAGGGUGGCCAACUUGGAUGGAUUGGUUGGGAAGGGACAGAGGUCAAAGUUGAGGUUCCUAUAGGGAGGGAAUCUUUGUGCUUAUGGGGUUUCCUUGGUUGGGGACUCUCUUGGGACCUUCCCUCUCAUCCCUCUCUUCCUAUCCCAACCUUUCUCUUGCUCCUUCUAAUUCCUUGUGAGAUUCUUGAACCUUGAUUGAACUUUUGAGAUUGAGUUAAGUUCUCCUCCUACAGCUUACCACCUAAUGCGUCGAAAGCCAUAGCGUCGCGAAUACUUCAUCAAUGAACGUGAUUCAAAUUGGGAAUAGUAGCUGAGAUUAAGAGCUACAACAUAUCCAAGUUUCGCGACAUUCCAACGGCUAGUUUUCCGUCGACGUCGUUUCUUGUGAAGACGAUUUUUCUGU